GGUAUAUUUUGUCGAUACAUCAGCGGUCACACUGCAGUACACAGAAAAUAUUAAUUUUUUUGAGAAAAUUGGGAAAUUUAACGCACAAACCGUGAACAAAAGCCAUCCCAGCGAAAGGCGCGAUUACCACGCGUCGAAAGGACCAAACGGCAACUAAAACAAGUGGUGAUAUAUACGCAUUUCGGCCGUCGCAAGCAACAGCCCUCGCCCAAAAACGCCAACCAGCAGCAGCCACCAUACAACACCACACCCCCCCGCACAAUCAGCAGCAGCCGCACACACAAAGCACAGCACUCCAGCAGCAGCAGCCCCACCACAGAAAAUAGUAAAUCAACGCAACAAAUAUGCAGGCGAUUAAGUGUGUCGUUGUUGGCGACGGAGCCGUGGGUAAGACCUGCCUGCUGAUCAGCUAUACGACAAAUGCGUUUCCCGGCGAGUACAUACCCACCGUGUUCGACAACUACUCGGCCAAUGUGAUGGUCGAUGCCAAGCCCAUUAAUUUGGGACUGUGGGAUACGGCUGGGCAGGAGGACUACGAUCGCCUGCGUCCGCUGUCCUAUCCACAGACAGAUGUCUUCCUCAUUUGCUUCUCGCUGGUGAAUCCGGCCUCGUUCGAGAACGUGCGCGCCAAGUGGUAUCCGGAGGUGCGUCACCACUGCCCCAGCACACCCAUCAUACUGGUGGGCACCAAGCUGGAUUUGCGCGACGACAAGAACACCAUCGAGAAGCUGCGCGACAAGAAGCUGGCACCCAUCACGUAUCCCCAGGGCCUGGCCAUGGCCAAGGAGAUUGGCGCCGUCAAAUAUCUGGAGUGCUCGGCGCUGACGCAAAAGGGACUGAAGACGGUGUUCGAUGAGGCUAUCAGAUCGGUGCUCUGCCCAGUGCUGCAGCCCAAGUCGAAGCGCAAGUGCGCCCUGCUCUAAAAGAAGGAUGCUGAAGGCAGGAGCAGAAAGGAUGGAGGAGCCCAGAGCAAGUGAAGAAGCAACAACACCCACGAAGCAUUACACACACACACACACACACACUUCUAUUUAAACGUAAUAUUAUUAACGAUAAAACAAUUAUGUAACCGAGGCAUUGGCCACCACCCGUCAGUCGGAUGUGGUCCAUAUCCUUCUAUGUUACGCUUUUGCGACUAAUUUGGGGGAACCCCAAAACGUUCCCAGCCACAACUUCUUGCUUCUGUUUCCGUUUCUGUUUCGCUAUCGUUUCCAUGUUCGUUUCCGUUUCCAUGUUUGUUCUACAUAUAAUUCAAAUCUAUAAUUCUGUUUCUAUUGGUAGUUUUCUCCAUGUGCAUUAAUUCGAACUACAAGUUGUCGCCAGAUGCGAGAUAUUUCUAAACGAAAGAAAAAACCAAUGGGGAAAAUCUGUAACUGUAAACACGUCGUAACUGUAUUUUGUAUUAUUUAAUAACCUUUUGUAAUUAAAAUUAAUGUUGUAAAACUGAGGUAAAACCAAAAAAAAAAAAACAUAAAAAAGAGAGAAUAGUAAAGGAGAGUAGAGGAGGACGAGUUGACGAGAAUAGCCGCAUAAAGAGCAUAAAGAAUAGAGUUCGCUUGUUGAUUGUCGAUCCCUCGGGGGGCAUAUCUUCGGGGAUCAGGAUAUAGUAGGGUAUUUGAGAGUCAGUAAAGUAAACGUUCCAUUGCAAUUACACUUACAUUAUUACACACAUAUUUGUAUUUAGAUGUUGUUGGAUAGAAAAGAUUGAGCCCGAUUGAUCGGCAAAUGAGAGAGAAGCAGGUAACAACUUUUUAAACUUUUGCUAAAUCCAGGAACUAUCAAAAUAUAUAUAUAUAUAUACAUACAUAUAUAUAUAUAUAUAUAUACAAUAUUAUACAUGUAUGUAUAAGAUGAGGAAGUCCUUCGUAUACUAUGUACUGAAAUUAAAAAAUCAUCAAAAGAAAACUGAGCAACUUUGAAUACUUUGUACUUUAAAAACCACAAAAUAUUCAACAAAAAAAAAAAAACAACGCAGAAGAGCAAAACCAAGAUAAUUAUAUAAAUGUGUCUAUUUCAAUGGAAAUCAAUAAAGCAUACAACAAAACUA